ACAUUAUACAUUUUUUAUUUUGUUUCCUAUAAGACGUAAUUUGAAAUUUAAAGCUAGCAGGGAAAAAUGAACGCGAAGUAUCUAAUAAUUUUGUGUUUAACAAUUAUUAAUCAUCGCACAGCAAAAACCGCUGACAAUCCCGAAAUGAAGGAAAUACAGGCAGUUGAAAUAACCAACUUAUAUCAAAAGCUUGUGAAUCUAAAUCCAGGGAUAUCUAAAUAUAACAUCAUUAAAUGGUUAGAGGCAAAAAUAGGGGAAGGCGAAGGUGAACCAGUCGAAUUAACACAACUCAGUUUUAUAGGUUUUAUGGAAAGACUAGACAUUAAUAUUGAAGUGCUACGGAAGCUAAAUAAUCAGACUUCAAGUUCUACUAGAGCACCAGACUGGUCUAAUGUUCAAAAGGCAAUUGAAAUAAAAGAAACACAGGAUAUGCUUCGAAAUCUACACAUAGUGAAUCUAACACAACAGUUACUUAAUCGUAAAGAUGAGAUCCAACAAUGGAUAGAGACAGCGAUCGACAAAGGAUUAGUAACACUUGUAUAUGAUGAGUUCGGUACAAAAAUCAAUUUAUCAGAUUCCAACUUUCAUGAUUUAAUGGAAAGCCUAAACUUAAGUCUUGAAGAGCUACGGGACCUAAAUAAACGUUUAGCGAACGAAACAACACCAAUUAAUAUUAAAGCAGUUGAAAUAACCAACUUAUAUCAAAAGCUUUUGAAUCUAAAUCCAGGGACAUCUAAAGAUAAGAUCAUCGAAUGGUUAAGGGCAAAAAUGAGGAAAAGCGAAGGUGAAACAGUCGAAUUAACAGAACUCAGUUUCAUAGGUUUUAUGGAAAGACUAGACAUUAAUAUUGAAGUGCUACGGAAGCUAAAUAAUCAGGCUUCAAGUUCUACUAGAGCACCAGACUGGUCUAAUGUUCAGAAGGCAAUUGAAAUAAAAGAAACACAGGAUAUGCUUCGAAAUCUACACAUAGUGAAUCUAACACAACAGUUACUUAGUCGUAAAGAUGAGAUCCAACAAUGGAUAGAGACAGCGAUCGACAAAGGAUUAGUAACACGUGUAUAUGAUGAGUUUGGUGCAAAAGUCGAUUUAUCAGAUUCCAACUUUCAUGAUUUAAUGGAAAGCCUAAAUUUAAGUCUUGAAGAGCUACGGGACCUAAAUAUACGUUUAGCGAACGAAACAUCACCAAUUAAUAUUUAAUUUUAAUUCACCUUCUAAAAGUAAACCUACAUUUAUUUUUUGUUGUCAAUCAUAAUAGUAUUUUACAAAUUUUAAUAAUAAUUACUCGAAAUUUGUUUGAAAUGUCUGUAACACAUUAUUAAAUUAUUAU